GAUUAUCAGAAAAGUAUUUUUUUCCCAUAUGAGUGCAGAUUAUUAUCUUUACUCGCUGAAAAUACAUACCGUACAUUAGUUGACAUAAUAUUACCAGGAAAGAAUAAUACAACGAAUACAAAUUCAUUUUACCCCAAUAUCACUAUGAUAAAGCCUCGGUAUUCUGCAGUCUCUUCUGAAUGAGUUCGUAGAAGUGAAAGUUAUUCGACUCUUCCCUAGUGCCAACAAGAUGGAAAAUUGUGGUGCUCAUACAAAUAUUUGCUCAUCUCUAAAUAUUGUAAAAUUAUUGAUUAUCAUUCCGAAAGCUGCAACUGGUGAAAAAUGGGGAUAUUGCAAUGACUGUACUGUCAUAAUGAAUUAAAUGGAAACAAUGAAAAAUGGGUGGUAAAGGAAGGAUGAGAGGGGCCAGGAGAGAGAAGAGCAUGUAAGAAGAAAAGCAUUGUCUACAAGAAGAUAAAACAAAACAAUGAAUGCCGUAUUACGAAUUCGAUUCCUCUGUGUUGGAAGACUCUCAAGUUUUCUUUCAAAGGAUACCACGUACUUUUAUAGCAUGAUAUCUCCCCCCUGCAUUCGCAGAAAAGCAGAUCGAGUACGUUUGGGCGGGUUGGCGUAAAAGUAGAGGGAAAGAGCGUGUGUUGUUACACUAUUCAUAAUCCAAGUGUGAUAGCGAGGAAACGUCGCGCCAGACUCACCUCAGUGUUUUCUCGUUAAUUCUCAGCGGUACAAGUGUUGUGACUGACCAAGUAUUGAGAGCUCUUUAAGCCGAUUCUGUAUUUAUUUUUAAAUUAAAAUUAUAUACCGCAAUACGGCUAUCAAGAAAUAAUCAAUAGGAAGAAAAAAUGGAGAAAUAUUCAUAAGAAAUUUCGACGAGACGUUAUACUCAGUUAUUCAUACACGACAAUGACAUUAUUAUAAUACCAAUCGGAGAAAUUGGUUUGUAUGUGAUUAAAAAAAAAAAAAUGACUACCAUUUGGAUAAUACUGAUUUUAAACACUAUUAUGAUUGCAGUUGUUUAUGCGACACGAGAUGAAAUAGAGGUAGAAACCAAUGGUUGGAAUUUUAAUCCUCACACUCAGUACCACAUUCAAACUGAUGAGGGCCCCGAGAGAUAUUUCAGGUUUCAAACUCUGAAUGGGCAAUUCAGAAAGGAAAAGAGACUCGAGGAUGGCACUGUUAUUGGCACAGAAGGAUGGCUAGAUCCUCUAGGCUUCUUAAGAAUUAAAGAUUAUAUUGCCGAUGGUAAUGGAUACAGAAUACUCAGAUCUAAAAAAAUUUUUGUUGGUAAAAAUGAGCCCAUUGGCGAUGCCGUAGCAAUCAGUCAGCGCUUUCCGACACAAACUGGAAUUUUAGUACAAUCACGUCGGAGACCUGUUAAUCCCUUUAGGCAAGCUUCUUAUGCAGAAAUGUCCGAUAAUAGCAUCGAAGGGAAUAUAGCAAUAAAACCGACUAAGCGAUAUCCAGGGAGUGUACAACCGAUGACAGUUCUGUCACCAAUUAUGGCUGACAAAAAGUCCAAUGCGUGGAGUCAGCCCUCAAAAAAUUAUAAUCCAUCCCAAAUGUCUCGAGCAUAUAUUCAUGACAAUCCACAUUAUACUUAUUCUCAAUUACCAGAGCCUUCGCUGGGGAUGAAACCACCUCUGAGCAAUUAUAGAAAUAUCUUUAACCAACCCAUUGCCAUAACUAGCAGAUCAAAAGAAAAGGCAAACACUCGUACUACCGAUACCCACCAGGAAAGGGUAAAUCAAUUCAAUAAUAAUAAUGAUAAUAAUAAGAAUACUAGCAUCCUGACAGAAAAGAGCAGCCAAAUACAGACUGGCGAGGAAUUCCCUCAGUAUGAUGGAACUCACACACUUUCCGAUGGAUUUCAAUACUAUUUGAAGAAGCAAUAUCACGAGGAGGAAGAAAAAUUGAAUAAUAGAGUCGGAUCCUUUGGUUACAUAGAUCCAUUUGGUAUCCGGAGAGUCAUUUAUUACAAAACUGAUGGCAGUAAUGGUUUUCUUCAUAAAAAAAACAACCGUUAUGUUGGCCUCACAGGGACCCCUUUUGAUCCGGUCCCCAUAUUAAAGUAGUAAUAAUAUAUAUCAGUGCUAGUCUCUGGGGUGUGUAAGAUUUUCCAUCGCCAUUGAUAUUGAAUGGAAUAUAUAAUUUUACUCAUUAUUAAUAUUGUUAUUAUUAUUUCUAUGCUUAUUGCUACGCUCUUACCCCAAAAGAGAAAAAUAAAGUGAGAUAUUUAUUGUCAACAUACCAGUUAUACAAUGACAUGUGAAGAAGAAAUAAUACAACUUAUAAUUUUUUUUUUUCUGGAGAAUAUACAUUUAUGACACACGGCCCUAGUUUACUCGAAUUCAUCUGUCGGGCAUUUACAGAAUCAGAUUCACCAACCAUUAACAAAUCCAUGCAUAAGAGGCUGUCUAUUCUUUAAUUUAGAUAAUAAUAGGCAUAAAAACAAGUUUGUUUUUUACCGAGCUUACAUUCCUUGCCUCGAUGGUCACAAUACAUUGUCAUAUUUUUAAUAAAAUAGAACAUUAUAGUACAAUUCAGAAAAAUAUUUGAAAAGAAAUGUAUUUUGGCCUCAAGGCAAACGUUAUUCAGCAUCACUCUAUAAUAUAACUCCUUGACAUCUACUAUAUAUUUUCUACCUCUUCCCUUAUGUGAUUACAUGAAAUAAUGAUUGAUAUAUUCAAAUUUAUAUGUUAAAUUUUUUAUUUAUUCAUUAAUUUGGCCAACUUAGAAAAAUAAUAUUGAGCUCGAAAAUGUCAUUGAUAAAGAAAAAAAAUAAUGGCCUUAUUAUGAAUAUAAUAAGAUAAUUUAUUAUAAUAACCCUUAAAAAGAAAAAUAAGAGUAUUUAUUAAUAAAAUAAUGUCAAUCGUUAUUGAUAUGAAUAUUUACAGUCAAAAGUUGUAAUAAAAAAACGCUAUUAAUUCAAUAAAAUUCAUCUGUAUUCCAUCAAAUCAGUAAUUACAUAAACAUGAUUAUUGAUUGCGUUAUGUUCCAUCAUGUGAUGUUGUUUCAGAGGAGUGAAGAAAAAAAAAUAUAUUGAAAGCCAUUCUCCAACGUUUCCUAGUAUAAUAUAUUAUUUGAUAAAUAAUUCAUAAACUGUCUAUGAUUAUCCAACGAUACUUGAGUAUUUCAAAAUGAUUUUUUUCCUUUGAGGAGUGAUAAAAUUUAUAAACGAUAAUUUUUAUUAUCCUGCUGUCUAUCAAUCUGCUGAUUGAAAGGUUGUUGAGCUUUUUGUGCUGCUUCCCGUGCAGCAGUUUCCUAGAAAAGAGAAAAAAAAACAAAAUGAUAAAUAAUAGGGGAAGGAAAGACAAGCAUCUUCACAUUAUAUUUACCUCUUGUUGACGUAUACCAGCAUAAAUGAGAUCAAGACCUUUCUGAAUUUCCUCGCUAACUGGUGGCGGAGUAGGAAUAUGAUCGCCGGUAGCGUGGAAUCCAGUUUCAUCCGCUGUAUAGUGAAUAGUUAUAAUUUGGCCCUCGGGACUGGUAUAUGAGUAGCUACCCUGUUGAACCAGAGCUUCAGCCUUAUUAUCCCCUUCGCCAAUAGUUUUCACAUAGCCACUCUCUUCUGCAACAAUGUUAUUGCCAGUCUCAUAACUGAAACAAAUAAAGUAAACUGAACAAAACUAGACGAACAAAUAGCGUACGAGUCAGACUGCUCAAUUGAAUUCAAUACAAACUCUACCUAGUUCUAUAUGUUCCGUCGUGUUCCUGUUCUUUAUUCCAUUGCAAAAUUGGAACAUAUGUAGUAGUACUGAAUUGUCUGUCAUUAUUUACUGAUCUUUGAUGCUCUUCUUGAUACUGUCCUGGUGUCGGCGAUUGUGAU